UUUACGAAAAGUCACGGGUACAACGUGGACCGGAGGGUGAUAACGAGACAUUCUACAUUGGUUCGGAAAACUCUACAGGGGAUCCGUGUCAGACAGUCUCGUCUAUAUGUUUAGAAUAAGUUGCCAAACUAAAAGGAUAUGAAGGAUAUGAUACAGCUGGGUCGACGUCCUUUGAAGGGUUAAAACAUGUUUGUUUUUUUCUAACUGGAGUGGUUUUCGGAGGUUAGUUAUGGUGUAGGCUAACCGCCGGAACACGCUUUUCAUUGGGCACCAUUCGUCACACUUCAUUCAACCAGCACCACAUGAAAACAAUGGCGAGGCGCAAAAAGGCACAUCGGGUUGGAAUUUAACUGAACGUAGCCAUAGCACAGGUUGAAAACGGACUCCGAGAAAACUGAGAUCGGGGGGCAACCCGAGUCGAAGCAAGAUGGAAAGCCCGACCGAAACCCCAACCAGGGCUGCAGAGUAUCUGAAGGAGCUUAAUAACAUAAUCGAGACCCAACAGGAGUUACUGGAGAGGCAGAAAAAAAGAAUAGAGGAGCUGGAGCAUCAAGUGUCCGACUUGUGUUCAGAAAACGCCUGUUUGAAAGAUCUGUACCAGCGACAUCUGGCUACGUGUAGGCUGCUGCAACAGGGCAACAGCCACGGAACGUUAGGUGCCAUAAAGGAAAACAUCACCCAAGAAAAAUCUGAAUGUGACAGCUCCAAAAUGGUCAGGAGACAUGCCUCUCUGCCCAUCGACGUCACAGAGAGCCCUUCCAGUCUGAUGUCGGCCGGCUGCAGGAGAAGUUUCCCCUGCCGCAAGUGGAAGUCCGCCUCUUUUGGUGUGGAGGGGGAUGCGCGGCCCAGUGAGAGCGACGGUGGAGCCAGCUACAGGGGCCCAGUGAUCAGCCCAGACCGCUUCGAGGGCCCCCUCUACGGCCACGGAGUGCAGCCCGGCCCCCAGCGGCCCCCCCGCAGGCCCAAGCUCCAGCACUCCCAGUCCAUCCUCCGCAAGCAGGCCGAGGARGAGGCCAUCAAACGCUCCCGCUCACACUCAGAGGGCUAUGAGCUGUCGGCUGACCUCCAGGACAAACAGGUGGAGAUGCUGGAGCGUAAAUAUGGAGGACGCUUCAUAACCCGGCAUGCGGCCCGAACCAUCCAAACAGCCUUCCGUCAGUACCAGAUGAACAAAAACUUUGAACGUCUCAGGAGUUGUAUGUCUGAGAACCGCAUGUCCCGACGCAUCGUCUUGUCCAAUAUGAGGAUGCAGUUCUCCUUCGAGGGCCCUGAGAAAGUCCACAGCUCCUACUUUGAGGGGAAACAAGUGUCCCUGACAAACGACGGCACCCCCCUGGCCUUGGUACAGUCCGAGUGUGGGGACCUGGAGGUCCACCACCAGGCCAACAUGGCGUCUCACCCGGCCUCCCAGAACCACCUAACGGAUGCCAUCACAGAGCUGGAGGACGCCUUCUCCAGGCAGGUCAAGUCUCUGGCCGAGUCCAUCGACGACGCCUUGAACUGCCGCAGCCUGCAGGGCGACGAGGGUCAUGACCCAGAGGGCUGCCCCGAGGUGGAGAGGGAGGUGGCCUAUCAGGUGAAGCCUCACCGCGGGGCGACGGGACGCAAGCGAGAGGACAUGAUGGCAUCCUACAGCGAUGUGACUCUGUUUAUUGACGAGGAGGAACUGUCUCCCUCCAUGGGGCUGUCGCGGGGGUCUGGUGACCAGCCCUCCAGCAUUGAGUCAGACCUCCGCCUGCGCUCGGCCAACUCCUCCCAGGACUACUGGCCACUGGACCCCAAGGAUGAGGAGCGUGACACGGACACCAGCUGCCGCAGCACUCCCUCCCUGGAGUGUCAGGAACAGAGGCUCCACCUCCCCCUGCUGACCAUCGAGCCGCCCAGCGACAGCUCCGCCGAACACAGCGACCGCUCUGACCGCAGCUCCAUCAAACGUCCUCCUGUCUACGAGUCUCACGGGGGAGGGCACAUCGUGGCAUCCUCCCAGGCCAGCCCCAAACACAUCUCUCAUGGCCCGCCCCCACGAGGGCCCUCCCGGGACGACGAGGCUCCCCUUCGUCACCGCCACAGGGCGCUGGAGAGCCACCUGGCCAUCAACGGCUCGGCCAACCGGCAGAGCAAGUCUGAGUCUGACUUUUCGGAUGGGGACAACGACAGCAUCAACAGCACGUCUAACUCCAACGACACCAUCAACUGCAGCUCUGAGUCGUCGUCCCGGGACAGCCUGAGGGAACAGACACUCAGCAAGCAGACGUACCACAAAGAGACACGCAACAGCUGGGACUCACCGGUCUUCAGCAACGAUGUGAUCCGCAAGAGGCACUAUCGCAUCGGCCUGAACCUCUUCAACAAGAAGCCAGAAAAGGGUGUCCAGUACCUGACUGAGAGAGGGUUCGUCCCAGACACGCCUGUGGGUGUGGCUCACUUCCUGCUUCAGAGAAAGGGCCUGAGCAGGCAGAUGAUUGGAGAGUUCCUGGGCAACCGGCAGAAACAGUUCAACAGAGACGUCCUGGACUGUGUGGUAGAUGAGAUUGAUUUCUCGUCGAUGGAGCUGGAGGCACUGAGGAAGUUCCAGAAUCACAUCCGUCCAGGAGAGCAGAAGGUGGAGCGCCUCAUUGAAGCCUACAGUCAGCGCUACUGUAUCUGUAACCCCACGGUGGUGCGCCAGUUCCGGAACCCUGACACCAUCUUCAUCCUGGCUUUCGCCAUCAUCCUCCUCAACACGGAUAUGUACAGCCCCAACGUCAAGCCAGAGAGGAAGAUGAAGCUGGAGGACUUCGUUAAGAAUCUCAGAGGGGUGGACGAUGGGGAGGACAUCCCCAGGGAGACUCUGGUAGGAAUCUAUGAGAGGAUCAGGAAGAGGGAGCUGAAGACCAACGAGGACCAUGUGUCUCAAGUCCAGAAGGUGGAGAAACUCAUAGUGGGAAACAAAAAACCGAUUGGAUCUCUCCACCACGGUCUAGGAUGUGUCCUGUCCCUGCCCCAUCGCAGGCUGGUCUGCUACUGCCGGCUGUUUGAAGUGCCGGACCCCAACAAGCUCCAGAAGCUGGGCCUGCACCAGCGGGAGAUCUUCCUGUUUAAUGAUCUUCUGGUGGUGACAAAGAUUUUCCAGAAGAAGAAGAACUCUGUGACAUACAGCUUCAGGCAGUCUUUCUCUCUGUAUGGGAUGCAGGUUCUGAUGUUUGAGAACCAGCAUUACGGGAAUGGAAUCAAGCUUACAUCAGCCAUACCAGGUGCCGACAUCAAAGUCCUCAUCAACUUUAACGCGCCCAACCCCCAGGACCGCAAGAAGUUUACUGACGACCUGCGGGAGUCCAUCGCCGAGGUCCAGGAAAUGGAGAAAUACAGGAUAGAGUCUGAGCUGGAGAAGCAGAAAGGGGUGGUGAGGCCCAGUAUGUCCCAGAGCUCUGGGCUGAAGAAGGAGGCUGGCAACGGCAACAUGAACCGUGCCAGUCUGGACGACACCUACACCAUGGGCGAGGGCCUGAAGAGGAGCGCCCUCAGCAGCUCCCUCCGCGACCUCUCCGAAGCAGGCAAGCGUGGGCGCCGCAGCAGUGCAGGAUCACUAGACAGCAAUAUGGAAGGGUCCAUCAUUAGCAGCCCCCACACACGCCGGAGAGCCACAACCCCCCGAAGUGAGGGCCCGCCUCGGGGCCACCCCACCAUCCCCAACUCCUCCUCCCUCCUCGGGUCGCUCUUCGGCAGCAAGCGGGCAAAGCCUUCAUCCCAGAGCCAUCCUCCUCUUCCUCCGCCCGGUCACCCCACCCUCAUCUCCCACACGCCCCAUCCGUCCAACCUCCACCACACAGCCCAGCAGGUAGCCCAGGCCCAGCUCCACCACUCCCAGUACUGCCACGUCCAACAGAACCCCCCUCCCUACCACCACCAGCACCACUACCACCCCCCGCCCCACACACAGUACCACCAGCACCCGGCAGCAUACGCAUCCUCCUCCCACUCACACCAACACCCGCUUGUACCACAGCACAGUCACAGCACCCACGGCCAUCAUGCCUCACACUCCCAGCAUGCCCUUCACCACCACAGUCAGCAGCAGAGCCCGGCACCCGGCGGGUCCAAACCCAAGCACAGUGGCAUCAGCACCGUGGUGUGAGAAGAGAGAGAGGAGGGA